CCGCCCUCCCCCCAGCCUCCCACACUUCUUGGGGCCCGAAAUGAUGAAGAUUGCCGCGUCGCACCGACUUCUUCCUGCUCGGCGGACUUGAGCUUCCUACGGCGAGCAAGUUCCCCGGGGCGGAAGCGCUUGAGGACUCCCGUCUCCCCUCCUCGCGCUGCACCGCCUGCCCGUCGUCUGCUGCGGACUCUGCCGUCAGACUGUCGUCUGCUGCUGCAGCUGUGGACUUGUUUAGUGAGCGGGGGACCCGCCCAGUCCCCACAGUGCGAGUGCGUUAAUUGAUCGCGCUGCCACCGCUGCUGCUGCUGCCCACGACCACCAUCGGCUGCCGCUGUCGUCUGCUGGAGGCGAAGUGUUGACAUUUUGACUGCGCCGUCCGAUAAAUGAUAUUCGAGCGGAGCUUCGACUUGGCAAGGAUGCUGAGCGCCGUGGAUCUGGUGGCGCUGCUGCUGUUCGGCGUCGUCCUGCUCUGCAGCGAGUUCCGCACCAAGUGGGGCUGGCUGCGCCUGCGGAAGUCCAAGGCCCUCUCGCCCGCCAACACGCCGCCCCCCUCCCCGAAGCCAAAGACAGAGCCGAGACGGAAGACUGUGCAGGACAUUCCGGGUCCAUGGCCUUCCCUGCCGGUGCUCGGCACGCGCUGGAUCUACUCGCUGGGCGUCUACAAGAUGGACAAGAUCCACGAGGCCUACGAGGACAUGUUCAACCGCUACGGCCCCGUGGUGCGGGAGGAGGCGCUGUGGCAGAUCCCUGUCGUGUCCAUCCUGGAGCGGUCCGCCAUCGAGACGGUGCUGCGCAGCUCGACCAAGUAUCCGCUCCGCCCGCCCACCGAGGUCACUGCCCACUACCGCCAGUCCCGGCCGGACCGGUACACCAACCUGGGCCUCGUCAACGAGCAAGGGGAGACGUGGCACCAGCUGCGGUCGGUCCUCACCCCGGAGCUCACCAGUGCGAAGACCAUGCUGCGUUUCCUGCCGGAGCUCAACACUGUUGCUUCCGACAUGACCACCCUCCUUGCUGCCAGCCGGGACUCGAAUGGCGUCAUCACCAGAUUCGAGGAGCUCGCCAAUCGCCUUGGGCUGGAAAGUACAUGCACUUUGAUUUUGGGACGUCGUAUGGGGUUCCUUGAUGAGAAAGUAGACCCACAGGCCGCCAAAUUAGCAGCUGCAGUUAAAGUACACUUCUGUGCUUCAAGAGACACUUUCUAUGGUCUUCCCUUUUGGAAGGUAAUGCCAACCAAGGCCUACAAAGAAUUGGUGGAAAGUGAAGAGACCAUUUAUGACAUUAUCUCUGGUCUUGUGGAUGCAGCCCUAGCAGAAGAGCAGCAAACUGCUCAAGUAGAUGCAGUUCAAAGUGUUUUUCUUGCAGUUCUUAAUGCUCCCGAAUUAGAUAUUCGAGACAAAAAAGCAGCCAUAAUUGACUUCAUUGCAGCUGGAAUCCAAACUCUUGGAAAUACAUUGGUGUUUGUUCUGUACCUUAUUGCAAAACAUCCACAUGUCCAAAAACGUCUCUAUGAGGAACUCAUUGCUGCUGCUCCAGCUGGAAGCCCCUGGACUGCCCAAAAUUUACGGAAUGCCCCUUAUUUGAAGGCUUGCAUUAUGGAAGCAUUCAGAGUUCUUCCAACUGCCCCUUGUGUAGCAAGAAUUAUUGAUACUGAUAUGGUGCUCAGUGGAUAUCAUUUGAAUGCUGGGUCUGUUGUGUUGUGUCAUACGUGGCUGGCUGGUCUAAAGGAGAGCAAUUUCCCUGCCGCUCAUGAGUACAGACCAGAGAGAUGGUUGAACGGAGGACCUGGCUCUGCUGCAACAUUUUUAGUUUUACCAUUUGGCUGUGGCCGUCGCAUGUGCCCAGGAAAAAGAUUUGUUGAACAGGCACUGCAAGUUGUAGUUGCCCAGACCAUCCGUGACUUUGAUGUCGGCUUUGAUGGUGAUUUGGGCCUUCAGUUUGAAUUCCUAUUAACACCUCAAGGACCAGCUAGUUUUACAUUCCGUGAUAGAGUUUAGUAACAGAAUGGCACUUGUUUUAAUUUGUGACUAUUGGCUGUUAAUUUAUAUUUGCCUUUCCUGACUAUAUUUUGGUUUUAGUCUCAUAUGACAUGAGUCCAUGCUCUUUUUAAUUAAUGGCUUCUGA